AUGGAAAUUAUUUUUUUCUGGCGCCUUUUCCUCUCCCAAACAAGUCCUUCGGCUGCAUCUCUAGCUUCAGCAAAGAGCACAAUGGACUUCGAAGAAGCGCCGGAAGAGCUGCCAAACAACCCUGGCGACUACGAGGGAGUUGAUGGACGCUCAACAGGAAUUAUUGACUUCGACGCGAUGCCGGGCUUUGGGUUCCGAUGGGGCAGCCAGAUUUCGUCGCGGUUCGAGCGAUCAAUUCGCCUCAUGAUCUUGCCCCCCUUCCCCACCAUCGGGUUUUCGUACUCGUCUCGGCCAAUGCCCUCCAUGCACCAAGCGAUGGAAGAGGCCAUGGCCCGGGAGAUGGAAGCGCUGCACGACGAAGAGGACGCCGGGGAGGGCCAAGCAGAGGGUGAAGCGGAGAGCGCAGCGGAAGCAAAGCCGCUGCUGCGACCUCUCGACGUUGCAGUCCUGAGCAAGGCCGGAGCCGAAGUGACGGAGCGCCCCGACAACGACGACAACACAACAUCGAGCGAAGACGAAGAGGAGGAGGAGGAGGAGGCGGAACAGAAGGAAAGCGGUGGCCACUUCAUGCUGUCGGCCGAGGCCACCUUCGACGGCAUGGUGCAGGGAAUGUACAUGCAGCGCUUCAACAAGAACUGGAGCACACGACACAUGAUCCUCACGUCCAUGGAGCCCGGGCGAUCGAUGUUGAUGUCGUCGCUCUCGUACAGCGGAGGAAGCUUCACCUCCAAAUUGAGUUGGAGCUCGGAGCGGGACCGCGCGUGCUUCAGCCACAUGCAAGCCAUCACACAGCGACUCUCCGUCGGUGGAGAGGUGGGAUACGCCAUGAAGGACAAGCAGCCCGUGGGCUGGUCGGUGGGAGGCCGCUAUGUCAUUCGGAAGGAGGAAGGCGGUAAGUUUGCCGCUACGCACAUCACGGCCACAUACAACCACCUCGGGCGCGUGAAGACCACCUAUACCCUGCCCUUCUCCGAGACCGUCUUCGCCUCGGCCCGCUACACGGUGAACGCCUUCAGCUUCAAGUCCAACAUGGCCGUGGGCGUCGAGUCGUGGCCCUCGGCCACGAUGCCGCUCAUGACCAAGGCCAAGUGGGACACCGACAAGGGCUUCGGCGUCAGCCUGGGCGCUCACCUCGGUCUGGCGGCCCUCAUGUUCAGCGCCUCCUACGGCAAAGACGGCCCGAUGGUGGGCCUGCACUUCGAGCUCUAG